AUGCACGUCUUGCUCCACCCGGCGGUGGGAGGAUUCCUGACGCACUGCGGAUGGAACUCGACCGUGGAGGGGAUCUGCGCGGGCGUGCCGAUGCUCGCCUGGCCUUGCAUGGCGGAGCAAAACGUGAACUGCAAGGAGCUUGUGGAGCACUGGAAGCUGGCGAUCCCGGUCCAGGAUGAUCGGGAUAAAAGCUCCGUGAUCUCGGUCUCGAGCGAGAGGCUGGCGGAUCUAGUGGCGAGGCUGAUGAGAGGCGACGAGGGUCGCGAGAUGCGAGCCCGGGCUCGGGGAUUCCGCAAGGUUACUGCGGCUGCCAUAGCCGAGGGAGGAUCCUCGGACAGGAACCUCAAGGCCUUCGCCCAAGCUCUGAGAGAUCUGUGA